AUGGCUACAAAUGUUAAAUCGUUAGCUGAGUUCGAUGAAAUUCAGGCACAUCUAAGCCCUAAGAUCGAAUUAAUUGUGCUUUUCUUUUUUGAUCGUUUUGAUGAAGAAAGCGAUCGAAUGCGACGUUAUGUUGAUUUAAUGAGUGAAGAUGAUGAUUUUAUAGAUCGUGUUUCAUUUCUUAAAUGCAAUAAGGAAAGUCACAAUCAUGAUAUGUUUGAAAAAUACAAUAUCGAAACAAUACCAACAUUUUUAUUUAUUAAAAGUAAUGAACAAGUAGCAACACCCUGUACUGGACUUGAUGCUCUAUCCGCUGCUAAAAUAGAGGCCGUUAUUAAUGAUCUUAUUAACGGCAAAAAAUAA